AUGAAAGUUGAUGAGAACGUUCAUCGAGAAGCAGAAAAAUGGCGUUGGAUAAUCAAACACUCAUGGGAAGGCCGGGACCUUGAUUGGCUUAUAAAUGAAAUUCAAAUUGAUUUUAUUGAUAUUGAUUUUAAGGAAUCACAAGACUUCGAACGAAUAAAACAAUUUUUUGAUCAAGCUAUGAAAGAAAUGGACCCUAUUUAUUUGAUUAAAGCUUAUACAGCUGAAACUGAUUUUUAUAAGCAUCUUAAUAAACAACUAGCAAUAAUUGGUGGUAAUUUUAAAAGCGCUAAUGGUAAUGUUAAUCGUUGUGGAAUGAAAUGUUACUUGCAAAUUUUGUUUACGCAUCGCGACUUCGAUCGAAUGGCUUAUAUUGGUGAAUGUUAUCGAGGUAUGACAGUCGUCAAGUAUGACUUAGACCAAUAUGAAGUUGGAUCACAGAUAAUGAACAAAUCGUUUUUAUCAACAUCUUCCGAUUAUUCAGUCGCCAUGAAAUUUGCAUUAAAACGUGGUGACCAUAACCAACAGAAAUAUACUGCACUUUGUACUUACAAAAUACAUACUAUUCGUACCGCAUUAAGUAUAAUGGAAGUAUCUAAAUAUCCAAACGAAAAAGAAGUUCUUGUAAUGCCUUAUACAGCAUUUCGAGUUACAUCAAUUAGAAAACAAGCAACAAAUCAAAAUGAUCAGCCGGACUUUUUCAUUGGCCUUGAAGAAAGUAUAUCAACAAGUCAACAGAUUGAUCAACACCGAAAUGUAAAUACUGUGAAGCCAUGUACAUUUCGUAAAAAGUUCAUGCUAAAGUUCAACAAAUGGUUAGGCAAUGAAAGUUAG